CCAGCUUUCAUUAGCGGCAUCAUGCUCAUAAUUAGGUCGCCAUAUUGGAGAAACCUGCCGGAGGAAAACAACACAAAUUUUUCACGUCAAUUUAAACAAAUUUAGAAGAAAAUGUCUGAAACUGCUCCGGAAAAGAUGAAGGUGACUGACCUGCGCAGUGCCCUGCAGGAGAGAGGAUUGGACACAAAGGGAACUAAACCCGUCCUAGUUGCCAGACUCCAGGAGGCUCUAGAUAAAGAGAAACCUGUUGAAGAAUCAGCAGAGCUUACUGAGGCCGAGGCAGGUGCAGGAGGAGAUGCUGAACCUAUGGAGGAAGGAGAUAAACCUAAAGUUGAAGAAGUUAAACCCGAAGCUGAAGUUAAACCCGAAACUAAGAAGGAAGAUGUUAAGGGUGUGAAGAGAAAGGUUGAAGAGGAACCUUUCGAGGUCAAAGAGAAUGAACCUGAGAUUGCUGAUGAUCUUGUUUGCUUGGAUUGGUACAACUCCGACCUGAGUUUGAAGAUAAGCGAGGAUCUGUUCACCGCGCUUCCAUUUAUCCGUGAUGGUUGGUCCUACUGCUACGCUGGAGCUAGAGCUACACAUGGGUUUCAAACCGGUAAAAUCUGGUAUGAGGUGAAGUACAUCGACAAUAUGGAUGCUAAGGUUGAGAAGGAAGCUUCAACAUUUGAUCUCAGGGUUGGAUGGAGCACUAAUGACGCUGAUCUGAUGCUUGGAGAUGCUCCUAAUACUUGGUGCUAUUCUAGCUGUCAGGGCAACAUGGCCUCUGCUAGUAAGUUUGAGGAUUAUGGAGAGAAAUAUGGAAGAAACGACGUAAUCGGAGCCUUCCUCGAUAUCGGAGAGGACGAGAUUAGUAUGACAUUCACCAAGAACGGUGAGGACCAAGGUGAUGCUUAUCAGAUACCUAGAUCUGAACUGGUAGAAGGACAAUCUUUCUUUCCUCAUAUCCUAACCAGGAACGUCAAGUUCCAAGUCAACUUCGGGGUUGAUAAGAAAGGAGAAGAUGUUGAGAACUGGAAAGAGAAGCUUGAAGGGGAAUACAUCAAGGCUGGAAAGGCGGAGAAUAAGAUCCGUGGAACUGCUAGAAUUGAGAAGAGGGAAGACUGUGAGAUGAUCAUGAUGGUCGGACUACCCGGAGCCGGUAAAACUCACUGGGUUGAGAAUCAUGUGAAGGAGAACCCGGAUAAGAAUUAUAAUGUUAUCAGCACCAACGAGAUGUUUAGGAAAAUGACGGUUAAAGGAGAGCUGAGAAAGAAGGUUCAUAUUGGAAAAUGGGAUCUAGUUAUCCAGAAAGCCACCAGAUCUCUGCAGGAACUGAUCAGAACUGCAUCUGCACGCAGGCGUAACAUAAUCAUCGAUCAGACAAACGUUUUCCCGAACGCUCAGAGCCGGAAAGCUCGACCCUUCGAGGGUUUCCAGCGUCGGUGCGUGGUAGUAGUUCCAACUGACGAGCAGUAUAAGGAGAGGGUUAAGAGUCAGGAUGUUGCGGGAAACAAGGAUAUACCUGACGAAGCAAUCAUGGAGAUGAAAGGUAGCCCCAGCCAUCAGCGUAGAAACGAAGAAACUCAUCUUAAAUACAUGGCAAACUUCGAGUUGCCGGCGGAGGAGGGUUCUCCCUUCAACGAGAUCCUCUUCGUAGAACUCGACAGGGAGAAGGCUAAGGAGGUUGUUGAUCUUUAUAACAAGGUCGCCAAAGAGAAAGGCUAUGGUAAAUCUGAAGGUGAAAGAAGGAGCUUCAAGAAGCCUAGACUCUCAAGAGGAGGUUCCACUCCAAGAGGAUCAUUCAGAGGAAACUUUAAUCCGCGUGGAGCUGGCUUCCGUGGUCGUGGAGGACCACCUUUCAGGGGUGGUAGAGGAAUGCGAGGAGCACCUUAUCCAGGAUCCAGAGGAAACAUGAGGAAUGGGAUGGGUCCCUCCCCCUGGGCAAAUAAGAACCAAGGACCCCAGGGCUGGGGAACCUGGAACCAGGGAACAAACGCUGUUAAUCCCAUGAUGGCUAUGAAUAAUAUGGGAGGCGGAAUGAAUGGUAUGGGAGGAGGUAUGAACGGCAUGGGAAUGAAUGGUAUUGGAGGAGGAAUGAACAGUAUGGGAGGUGGGAUGAACGGUAUGGGAGGAGGAAUGAAUGGUAUGGGAAUGGGAGGUGGAAUGAAUUCAAUGGGUAUGGGUGGUAUGGGAGGAGGUAUGGGUGGUAUGGGAGGAGGUAUGGGUGGUAUGGGAGGUGGCAUGGGCGGUAUGGGAGGUGGCAUGGGUGUAAUGGGAGGCGGCAUGGGCGGUAUGGGAGGUGGAAUGAGUGGCAUGGGAGGAGGAAUGGGUGGCAUGGGAGGAGGUAUGAGUGGCAUGGGAAUGAGCAGUGGUAUGGGAAGCAUGGCAUCAAGAUUAGGAGGUGGAAUGGGAGGAGGCAUGGGCAGUUCAUUUUCUCAAAAUAGAAACUCGCAGAGUUUCGGAGGUGGAAGCUCAGGUGGAUAUUCCGUAACUAACAAAUUCAACUCCUCAAGUCGAGGAGGCAGCAGAGGAUCGCUUUCACGAGGAGGUGGAGGCAGUUCAUACUCCAGGGGAGGAGGUAGUUCAUACUCACCCAGGGGAGGCUCCAGAGGGUCCUUUAGAGCCGGAGGAUCCAGAGGGAGACGUUGAACCGAAGAGAACAAUAAACUAAAAAUUUAAACUAUUGUCCACGUGUAUCGUACAUACAUGAACAAUGAACAUGGCGCAAGUUUCUAAUCAACUCCUUCUUAUCAUUUUUUUGUAAAUCAGAGACUAACCUUUCGCGCAUUUGUAAAUAUAUUCAGAGGAAUAAAUGUUUUGUCAA